AUGCGAUUCUUUAAGAGGAUAGCGGGGUUUCUUGGAUUUGCUAAAGAUGACGGGGGCCACGAGGUCAAAGACCAACGAGAACAAGAAGAAGACCAAGACGAUCAUCAUCAACACCCCCACCAAGUCCGUUUUCGCUCCAAUUUCCAAGAAACUGGCCUUCCCCGUAGAGGUUUUGGUGUUCCUGUCCAAGUCGCCGUCGAACGCCCCCAGCUUGGGCCCGUAAUCGUCCCCUGCAACUCCGGCGACGGCGGCGUUCAGGGUCUGAGAUGGUACGCAAAACGCCUCAGGAUAGAUGAAGAUGGAGACGUGGCAGAUGAGUUCUUUGACGAGGUUUUACCAGAUACAUCUUCCAGUGUCGAUGAACAGACGAAGCCUUUGCCGAGGUUUGAAGUGAAGUACAGUACCCGGCCAGCUAAAAUCAAGAAGCAGAUGAUGUCCCAUGAUGGGAAAAUUCAGCUGUGUGUGGAACAUCAUGGUAGAUUGCAGUGGGUUUAA